AUGAUUCUUAAUCCUGAGCAGAUAGACGAGUUACUUGAAGAGGAUUCUGAUACCAAUGAAUCAGAUGCGGAAUCGGAGUCAGAACCAGAAUCGCAAAAUUUCACUGCAAGGAGGAAACGACAAGCUAUAACGAAUACAAACAAGAUGUGGAAUCCAGAUAAGGCUAUACCGUACCAUAUCGAAAACUCACUGGGUAGGUGUCCUGAAAAGUUCAAUAAUCAGGAGUAA